AUGGGCAAUGAAGGGUCGUCGUUGCUGAAGAAGCAUCAAAUUCUUCGCUUCACAAAGAGCAACGUGCCGAUGUACACAAAAAAUCGACGGACAUCCAGCCAGGCAGGAAGACUUAAAAAAGAUGGUAUAAAGCGAUCCCCGACCACUGAGACAGCAUCUACAGAAUCUAGUAGUGGCCAGAAUAACGCACUCUCGCCAACGACUUGUGAAGGAAAUUCGGUGCCCGUCACACCGUCAUCAUCUGGGACUAAUCGCCUCCUGACACCCCAACCACAGCGCCAACGAAGUCGGUCCCUUUGUGCACAACAAAUGGAAAACGAUGUUCAGGCGAUCACAAACUCACCUCUCCUAAUACCGCAAACACACCGUGAAGCAUCGCGAGAAUCUAGAAAGCACUCAACUGGUGUCGUCCCUUCCCUCAAUCGCAUUCGAAUCACAUCCGCCUUCAAAAUGUCAAAACCAACGAUCGGUGAAGCCAUCCUGAAGCGAACAUCUGCCUCCAGACCAGAAAUCCGGCUCUUUCUUUCAAAACUAAACGAUGAACAAGCGGCCGAUCUGGGACGAGUACUCUACGAAAUGUUAAAUGAAGGCGUUGCCAGGCUGGAUUCCGUGGAUCACGUAGAAAAUGCGGGGCGUAACGCUGGUUCGGCAUUUGCACUCCUCUCCCCACUCGGGUUCAGGCCCGAUUUUUUCGCUCCAUUGGCCGAUGGCGCCAUAGCUGAAUGUGUCAAAUUGGAUGCAGGAGCGCAUAAGCGGUGCGAGACGCUACUUGCCUGGUCACAACUGAUGUCGGCUCUUUUUUCGGGUGUCAGAGACGGUUAUUAUUCGCGAAUCCGAUAUCAACGACGUUCAUCUCUACCACAAGGACAACCUAUUCAACGUCUCCAAAGUUUGGAGCUUUGCAAAACGACAAUUUCCGAGCAUCCA